GCGCCCGCGCUCGGUCUACCCCGACCCCCACCCCCUCCUCCUCCCCCGUCGACCCGGCCCCCGCCUUGGGGGCGCGCACGCGAUGCGGGCACGCGCGGCGGCCUCCUCGGGCUGAGGCGGAGGCGGAGGCGCCCGGGGCGAUGCUGCGCAGCCAGGCCCGGGGAGCGACGAGGAGCCGCCCAGCAGGUACGAGAAAAUGGCCAAAAGAAACGCGGAGAAGGAGCUGACAGAUAGGAACUGGGAUCAAGAGGAUGCCGUGGAAGAGGUGGGUACGUUUUCGGUGGCGAGCGAGGAAGUCUUGAAGAACAGAGCUAUCAAGAAGGCGAAGCGAAGGAAUGUGGCCUUGGAAUCUGAAAGUGGAGGGGCCUUUAAAGGGUUCAAAGGGUUGGUCGUACCUCCAGGAGGAGGGCUCACCAGCUUCGGCAACGGCGCCAGCAUCAAGCCUCUGCAGGGCCUGGCCAAUGGCUGCGGCGUGUCUGUGCUUGCCUCGACCCCCGUCAAGGUUCCCUCAGCAGAAAAGAAGGUGACCUUUGGUUGUGCCAGCGCCAAUGGCCCAACGUCUUCCUGGGGGGUGGACAAGAAGGCCACCAGCCCUAAGACCAAUGGGGACAGCCGGCAGGGUGUGCAGGGGAAGGCCUGUGGUGCCAGUGCUUACCACAGACAGCUUGCUGCCUUAAACUGCUCUGUGCGCGAUUGGAUCGUCAAGCACGUGGACACCAACCCGCUCUGUGACCUGACGCCCAUCUUUAAAGACUACGAGAGAUACCUCACAGGCAUCGAGCAGCUGCCCGGCAACAGCAGUGACAGCAGUUCGGAGAUGGAGGCCGGCAGGCAGCUCCUUGGGACCCCGGCCGGGCCCGCCACCCCGGGCCCAUCGCAACAGCACCCCCAAGACACCCCCUUUUUGUUUCACCCGGACAAAGCCGAAGGGGCCGCGGAAAAGUGGGCAGAAGCGCCGUCGGAGAAGAAAGCAGCCCCUGCCACGGGAUCUUCGUCCACUGCCUCCUUUCACUUUGGACGGAAAGUCGACAGCUCGGUCCUGGGCUCCUUGGGCUCCGGCCCCAUGGCAAACUUCUUCUCUCCUGGAAACGCGGGCCUCUUUGGCAAAGAGGUGACCCAGGCGAGCCCCGCCUCUUCCUUCUCCCCCAAAAUGCUGGAGGGCCACCCGGAUGCAGCUGCUGGCGAAGGCAAAGGUGCCCAAGAGGAAGAGAGUGAGGAGCCGCCCAAAGUAAUCGUGAAUGAAGUCAAGGAAGAGGAUGCCUUUUACUCCAAGAAGCCCAAGCACGUGAUGUGGUCUCUGAGCCCUGGCGAGAAGCAGCCACAUGGGGCUAGAACAUUCACGGACACAGAACUGGGUCACGUCCUAAGGCGCAAUGUGUACAAGGGCUAAGCAAAGAAAAGGCAGAACCAGCAAGAACCCGCCAGUCCCUGGGUCGUCCUCUGCACUACCUCGGCUCCCCUGAGCCUGCCUCUGAUCUGAGCCCACCCAGGGCAGCCCUUGGUUUUCUUUGCUUGCUCCUCUGCCCGAGUGCCCGGUCCUGUCUGGGCCCUACUCAUCUCUCUCUCCUCCUGUGACCUCCCAAGUCCCUUACCAGUCCCUGCCGGAUAUCCCACGCGGGGUGCAUAGCCCUCCCCGCUCCUCCAGGCCCCGGGCACCCCUAUCCUGCCCGUCCUUCAGCAUUCUGACCCCACAUGUCCAGAGCUUGCUCUUCAUGCUUCCAAGGCGUUGUUCGCAUCCUUCUCACGUUCAGGCCCGUCGUCAGCCCUCCUCUCCUCUUGGCCUCCUCAUAGGGAUCUCUGCCUGUUUCGGGGGCAUGAGAAUGAGGGGAGCCCCUCCCUGUGUAGCAUCCCUCAAGACAGACUUGGGGUGUUUUCCCAGAAAUCCUCGUUCCUUUCUUCCUGUCCAGGUGGUCUCUCUAGUCUCCUCUCCUGUUUCUUGUCUCCACUGACCUCUCAAAUGUGCCAUACUGUGAAUUCUUCCUUGGUCCAUGUCUUGUUCCGGCCAUGGCCCUCAUCACACCAAAGAGGUCAGUUGACCUGCAAGUCGAGGGCCACGGCCCAUGUUCCUGGCCUCUGCUGCUGUUCUCUCCCUCUCCCUGUUGGGUCUGAGGCCCUUGGAGCAUGUGCAGAACUACAGGCUGGGUCAAUGUGCUUCUGGGGCCUUCUGGACUGAACCUCUGUAGCUGCCUGUCUGCGGCCUGUGGCGCCAUCUCGCAAGGUUCUUCCCCAGUCUGCCCGGCUCUUGAUGCACACCUGGCCCCGCUGCCCCUUGCACAGGGUCCCACUUCUUUGCCUGAGGCUCGGCUGUCUUCUGAUAAUGGUCUCCAGUCACAGGAGCAUGGAGAAGGGCCCCUGGGGGGCUAGAGCUGGGCUGCUGACCCCACCCCCAGCCCCUGCGCCCUCGCCCAUUCCAAGGGUCCUCAGCUCAGAGCUGGGAGGGGCUUGUGAAGUUCACCAGCCCAAGACAGUGGAAGUGGCUCCUGAGCACCGCAGGACCAAGUCUGUCCAGGCUGAGGGGGGGCUGGGGCUGGUGAGCCUUGGGUGGAGCCUCUCAGCCAGUGAUGACUGCAGCAGGAACUCCGUGGGAGGCCUCCUGGUGGCCCUGAGUCACAAGAACAGAACAAGGUCAUGGGGCUCCUGCGGUCGAUUGCUUGGUGAUGCUGGACAACGUAGGAGAGGAGCAAAAAGGUCAAGGGUCCGGGCGGCCACCCAAAAGUGGAGCUGUGGGGCCCCUGUAAGACGGGAUGAGCCCAGAGACGUUGGGCCACCUGGCAGUGACCAUCAUGCUGGCCCCGUCCAGCUUCAUCCCCCUGCCUCCUCGAAUGUGGGGGGACCUCCCAGAAAGCACCCUCCACUUUGGCCCCAGGGGCCCUUCAGGAGGAUAAUGGGGCACUUUUUAUUGAUU